UAUAGAGGAAGGAGUGAGGUAUAGUCACGUCCGUUAUUAUUGCCUCGGUGUGUGUAGAAUAUUAUUACCUUGGUGUGUGUAGAAUAUCGGAGAUAAAGAAUGACUGAAAGAAUGGCUGAGGACGAGCUUGUUCCCUUGGUAGCCCAAGACAAGACCUCCUCUACUGAUUUGUUUAGGAUUGUUCUGGUGGGUAAGACUGGAGCAGGGAAGAGUGCAACCGGAAACACCAUCCUGGGGAAAAAGGUGUUUGAAGUGAACGCCUCUCUUAAUUCUGUGACAGACAAGUGUUACAAAACAAUUGGAGAGGUGUGUGGGAUGCCGGUACAUAUUGUUGACACUCCUGGCAUCUUCGACACAGUGAAGACGGAUGAAGAAGUGAAAAAGACAGUAGGGGAGUGUGUCAACAUGUCUGUUCCGGGACCCCACGCAUUCCUGCUGGUGAUCAGGCUGGGGGGAAGGUUCACAGAGGAGGAGAGGAACACCGUGAAGUGGAUCCAGGAGAACUUUGGAGAGGACGCCUCCAUGUACACCAUCUUGCUGUUCACCUGUAAAGAUCAGCUGAAUGGUCAAGAAGUGGUCAACGUUCUGAGAAAGUCCAAGGAUGUACAGAAACUUCUCAACACCUGUGGGGGCAGAUAUCACUCGUUCAAUAACAACGAUAAAGACCCCACUCAGGUUACAGAGCUUCUGGAGAAAAUAAAAGAAAUGGUGGAGAAUAAUGGAGGAAAUUACUACACCAAUGACAUGUAUGAGAAAGCUCAGAAAAAGAUCAAAGAGGAGGAGGAGAAGAGGAAAGCGGAGGAAGAAAAGCAGAGGCAGGAGCAGGAAAGAAUCAUAGAGCAAAGAAUAAGACAUGAGAUAGUAGAGAAGGGGAGGAGAAAGCUAAUGUUCCGUAUGAUAUUGCUUGUUGCUAUUCUGUUAAUCAUAGGAGGGGUGCUUUUAGUAGCUACUAUAGGGGGAACAGUGGCAAAAGCUAUUGGAAUAACAGUAAUUGUUGUAGGAGUAGCAGGUGUCAUAAUAGCAGGUGUCAUAAUAGCUAAGAUUUUCAAGACACAAAGAAGUGGAGCUGGCACACUUGCCUCAGUGUAAAAUUGGGCCUGUUCCAGACAAACCUGGCACCUAUGAACCUAAUGAGAGCCAGGCGGAGCUGUGCCCUUGCAGCUUUGGUUUUUCCAAAUUUUUUAUUAUAAUGAAUUUCUUUGGUCCACAUACAUUUGUCCAACAACACAAGUAAUCAACCGCAAAAUCAGACAACCCCAUUGUGGAAUAGUUUACCUAUUCAAUUGGUCAGCUUGUCGCAUUCUAUGUGAGAAAAUAAUAUUUAUCUUGAGGCGCUUUCAAAUUGAGAGUGCCACAAGAAAAGAAACUUGCAUGCCCCAGUCAUUGCACAACAUUCAGCUUUGAUGGCUACUGUUAAAAAGAGGAGGAUCUCAGCUUUCUAGUGCUUCUACAUUUUAUUUCUGAACUCCAGAAAAUGUGCGGACUGCACCCUUUUAAAACCAGAGUUUUUAGCAACAGCAGGGAUGAUCUGUUUUAGAGCUCGCCAAUGGCGUUGAAUGCAUAGGGGAGACCGAUGCUAUAUGUAACUUGAAUGAGUGCCAGUGUAAUGUUUUUUUGGGGACAUUCAAUUCAUCAAUAUGUUGCUAACUAGCAAUAAGAUAAGGUUUAUAGUUUGUGAUCUAGCUAAUGAUAUAGCCACUAUGCUGCAUCAGUUGGGCUACAGGUAAUACUUGUUAUUGAUAAAUACCACACCUGCUUGCUAAUAUGGACCAAUAUGUUAUUGGAUCAUUUCUGGAGGGGGUAUUUAUAUUUUAGAUGGUGACAGCAUAAUUGCAUUUUUAUUCAUUUUGGAGUAGAAUCCUUUUUGAAAAGUCACCAGAACGGACCUUCGUUCUACAAAACGUUUUUAGGUCCCUCCGCGACCUUGUCACCAUUGCUACAAAUAAAUCCAGGGAAACACUUACCAAAAACAACUUUGUCCAAUUAUUCUUUAGUCCUUUAACAGUGCCUUCAUUUUCAUAAAAUAAUAAUGAAAAUAUUUUGGGUGUAGAAGCUUAAAUAGCAAUGAAGUUACCAAAUAAACAUCCCUGUGUGUCCAUUUUUAUUUUUUUAUUUAACCUUUAUUCAACUAGGCAAGUCAGUUAAGAACAGAUUCUUAUUUACA